AACUGUGUUCCUCAUUCUCGUCAAAAGUCGGCUGUUGUUGCUCAGACUACAACCAAAACGACCGUAGUGGCAGGGUUUAGUCCAGGCGAUGCGCGCAACGGCGACAGAUGAGCGGCUCUUCUCCUCAACCCGCGCAACCCGCUGUGUAAGUUCGCUCCCUUCUGCACUUUGACAUCGAUGUUUUGGGGGGAGAAAGGAGUAGGUUUCGGGUAGCCUGGAGGGGUCGGAGUGUUUUCUUAGCAUUUUCUUCACCAAGACCACGUUACUUUCGCCUUUUCUGUUCAUGCGCUGAGCUCCGAGCAUCUUUUGGACGCACAGAACUGCACCCUAAUCCCGCCGAAGACAAACAAGACGGGGAAAGGUGAAGACUUGUUGCGCGUCCCCGGGGGGCGCAGUGGGGUCUAAAGCCCGGCAUCAACCAAGUCGGUCGGUGCUGUGCGCGCGUCUGAUGGUUUCAACAGAGAGGAGAGAGUCAUCGCUCUGGAGUGGGGAGUGCUGAUCAGAGACGAUCAGCUCAGCCCAAAAGCCCCAAGUCAAAGCGAUUCGGUGAGCGGUGAAUAUGAGAUUCACUGUGAUGGACUCUGACCACAAUUAAGGAAAUUGGAGUGAUUAGUUCCCCGCAGCUUGAGGGAAGACCGCCAGUGGACAGUUCAUGCUUUAGGAAAGUGCGAACGCAUUUCUGCGCACCCAUGCAUACCCAAGUCAAACUUUAUCCAGUCCAGAUCCGACGACUUCGUUAAUUUUUUUUUCUGACCCAGAGUUUCCAGUCCGUCCCAUUUCUUGCCGACAUGUCUGAGCGUGAUGGAUAUGGAGACGGGCUGUGCAGCGACGGCGCGCAGGACUUCAUCCCGCCCAGAGUGUCCCGUGGCCGGCGGAGCGGUGUCAUCCUCCCCGGUGGCGGCCAGGACACCGACACCAUCCUCCUGGAAUCGGUGAAGGCAGCGCCCCGACGGAGCAGCAUCAUCAAGGAUCCCUCAGUGCAGAAGGUGGGCGGAGGCAGGAAGAAGACAGUGUCCUUCAGCAGCAUGCCCUCCGAGAAGAAGGUGAGCAGUGCAGCGGACUGCCUGGCGUUCAUGCAGGGCGGAUGUGAACUGAAGAAGGUUCGGCCCAACUCCAGGGUUUACUGCCGUUUCUACACCCUGGACCCGGACCUCAGCUGCCUGCGCUGGGAGCCGUCAAAGAAGGACGGGGACCGGGCUCGGCUGGACAUGUCCAGCAUCCGGGAAGUCCGCACCGGGAAGAGCACUGAGACCUUCCUCCACAACGGGCCUCUGUCGGACCACCUCGCCGAGGAAGCCGCCUUCUCCAUUAUACAUGGGGAUGACUACCAGUCUCUGGACCUGGUUGCACUGUCAGCGGAUGUGGCCAACAUCUGGGUGACAGGCCUGCGCUACCUGAUCGCCCACCCCUCGGUCAUCGGCGGUGCUGGAGGAGGCGGCGGCGGAGGAGGGCUGAGCGAGGGAGGGGGCCUGGCGGUGGAGGGCAGCCCGGGAAGCAAGAUGAGGAGCGAGUGGCUGGCCGCCGAGUUCGCCCAGGUGGAUGAGGACGGCUACGGCAUCGUGCCAGAGGACGUGGCGGUGGCCACCAUCUGCAAACUGUGCCCUGGCAUCAAGGAGGCCAAGGUGCGUCUGCGUUUCAAGGAGAUCCAGCGCAGCAAGGAGAAGCUGACCUCCCAUGUGACGCGCGAGGAGUUCCAGGAGGCGUACUGCGAGCUCUGCACCCGCCCUGAUGUCUACUUCCUGUUGGUGCAGCUGUCCAAGGACCGCGAGUGUCUGGAUCCACAGGAUCUGCGCCUCUUCCUGGAGACGGAGCAGGGCCUGUCCCUCGCCACGACCGAAGGCUGCCUGGAGCUGCUGCGGCGCUACGAGCCGUCAGCCCAGGGCAGGGAGAGAGGCCUGCUGGGCCUGGAUGGCUUUGCUCGCUACCUGCAGUCCCCUGAGUGCCAGCUGCUGGACCCCGAGCACCUGGGGGUGUGCCAGGACAUGAACAUGCCCCUGUCCCACUACUACAUCAGUGCCUCAUACCGUUCCUACCUGCUGGACGACCAGGUGCACGGCAGAGCAGACCUGGGAGGGCUGACCAAGGCCCUGCAGGCCGGCUGCCGCUGCCUGGAGCUGGGAGUCACCGACGGCCCAGAGGGGGAGCCACUCCUUGGGGUUGACUAUGGUCCAGAAAUCCCUCACCACCACCACCACCACCAUCACCAUCACCAUCACCACCACCACACCCUGGUCACUAUCCGCUCUGCCCUGGAAGUGGUCAACAAGUAUGCCUUCUUGACUUCCCAGUACCCGUUGCUGGUGUACCUGUGCCAGCGCUGCUCCCCGGCCCAGCAGCGCAUCCUGGCGCAGCACCUGAAGAAGGUGUUUGGCUCCCGUCUGUACACCCCGGACGCCCUGCCUGUCAGCAUGGGAGGGCGAGCCACCACCUUACCCUCACCUGAGCAGCUGAAAGGACGCAUCCUGCUGGUGGGGAAGAAGCUCCCUCCAGAAGAUGACGGCUCCGAGGGCGAGGUGUCAGAGGAGGACGAGGAGAUAGGAGGGGGCGGUCCUCUGGCGGGUCGGCGAAUGACCAUCCCGGGGGAGGAGGAGCUGGGUGUGGUGUUGGUUGUGCCUCCGCCUCCUCAACCCAGGAGGCUCCGGCUCCGCAGAGAACUGUCAGACCUGGUGGGCAUCGCCCGCACGGGCAGCCGCAGCUUCUACGCCCAGAGAGCCAGUCAAAAACAGGCUCAGCAGCAGUCUCCGCCCAGCAGCCCCUCCUCUCCCAGCACUCCCAUGCCUCCCGAGCCACCCUUUUGGACACUGUGCUCCUUAGGCGAGGGGGAAGCUGGACGGGUGACCAGUGAGAGCCCGGAGGAGCUGGUGAUGUUCACCAAGCGCACCCUGACCCGCGUACGGCCCAGCUCAGUGCGACUGGACUCCAGCAACCCGAACCCGCAGGGCUACUGGAAAGGAGGUGUCCAACUUGUUGCCUUGAACCAGCAGACCCCGGGUGCCAUGCUGGACCUGCACAGAGGUCGCUUCACCCAGAAUGGAGGCUGCGGUUAUGUUCUCCGUCCCGCUGUGAUGAGGGAGGAGGUGUCGUAUUUCAGUGCCCACACACAGGGCUGCGUGCCAGGAGUGCCACCUCAAACCCUACGCGUCAAGGUGAUCAGUGCCCACAACCUGCCCAAGCCUCAGGGAGCAGGGGCCAAAGGCGAGGUCAUUGACCCUUACGUGGUUCUGGAGCUGCAUGGUGUCCCGGCGGACUGUGCCGAGCAGCGGACCCGCACUGCCGCGCAGAACCAGGACGACCCUCUGUUCGACGAAACCUUCGAGUUUCAGGUGAACAUGCCGGAGCUCGCCCUGCUGCGCUUCGUGGUGCUGGACGACGACUACAUCGGAGACGACUUCAUCGGCCAGUACAGCGUCGCCUUCGAGUGCCUUCAGCCCGGCUACCGCAACGUGCCCCUGCUGGGCCUGGCGGGAGACCCUUUACCCCACGCCAGCCUGUUCGUCCACGUGGCCGUCACCAACCGGAGAGGAGGGGGCAAGGCCCAGCGGCGGGGGCUGUCGGUCAGGCGGGUGGGAAGGCGAGGCAGGGAGUACGUCACGCUGAGGCACACGGGCAUCAAGGUGAUGGAUGAGACCUUCAAGCCGGCGAGCGGCCCCCUCAAGGAGGCCACAGACCUGCGGGAGGACGCUCUGAGUGCCACCGUCAGUUUCAAAGAGCAGUGCGGGCUCCCCCAGGUGGCCAAGCUGAAGCAGUGCAUCCAGAGCCUGGCCACGAGGCUGCAGAGCCCCGAGGGCACCAUGGGGGCCACCAUGGUGCUGAAGGACGGCUACCCGUGUCUGGAGCCGCUGGCCACCGUGUCCGAGCCGACACGCAAGCUGCUCACCGCCUACGACACGAUGAUCGCGGCGCAGAAGCAGCUGAUCGAGAAUGCGGAUGCCGUCCAGGAGCGGAUCGCCCAGGUGCAGAGGGAAGGCAUGGACUUCCAUGAGGAGCUUCCUCGGCUCGGGGAGAAGGAGGGACUGAAGGGACGCAAGCAGAACAAAGCAGUGGAGAGUUUCACCUGGAACAUCACCGUGCUCAAGGGUCAGUGUGAUCUGUUGCGGGGAGCGAAGAUGGACUCCCUGGACGCUCUGAGGCAGCUCGCUCUGGCCUGCGAGGCCUGUGGACUCACCUCCUCGUCCUCCUCGUCCUCCACCUCCUCGGCGGCGGAGCUCCACUACACCUCCCACCCUCUGGCCGGACGCCGGGGGAGCACACACGGCAACGGACGCAUCUGACACCACCCCUCGGGUCCGGGACACUAACAGAAAUCAGAAAAACAACCAACAAAGGAGGGAAGGGAGAGUCAUUACUGAGGAUUAAUGAGAUCGAGAGAUGUGUGUGAGAGAGAGAAAGGAAGAAAAGGGAAAGGCCAAAGUGUAAAAGGGGCCAGAGGAGAGAGAGCUGGAAAUAAAAAGAAGGAGUGUUUUCUUUCCAGUUAGGGUCCAAUCCUUUAUCCAGUGCAGAAAGAGUCUAGACGAGCCACUGGACCGGAGUGGAGUAUCUGUUACAGUCUUACUGUGAGUUGAUCAGUCGAUCAGUGAAAGUCCAGCCUGCAAAACAGGCUUUUUCAUGAAUGUUCUUACUCUGUGACGGAAAAAUACAAAACAAAGCGGCUCCUCCACGGGCCCUCGAACUUUUGAACUUCCUCACCGUCUUUCUGACAGAAAGACCUGUGACUCAUUUUAAGUCAGUCCAGGGAGACGCGGACACCCGAGUCACUUGUGAGAACGGGGCUGAUGUGAAGUCGGCGUUGACGGUUUUGCUCUCGCUCUCCCAGCGUCUCAUUUCAAAGGCAGAGGAGAAAGAAUGUGGACGGGAUGGGAUGUAAUUAAUCUCUGCCUCAGCAUCUCAGCACAUCCCCUGGGAAGGUGACAAGGCUCCCUCGUGUGUGUGUGUGUGUGUGUGUGUGUGUGUGUGUGUGUGUGGCACUGCAGAUGGUUGAAAGUGUGGGCUGCUAUAGGAGAUUGACUGACAUGAGCUGAUUCCCAAAAAACACACACAAACACACACAGGUGGACAGCUACUGAUUUUCAACUACCAAAGUACUUGGAACUGAGAAGAUUUUUAAAUUAACAACACUUUUUAGAAUAUAUUUAAGUUUCAUUUGCACUCCGGUAAUUGAUUCUUAUUUUCCCUUGAAGGUUUUUAGUUUUCGGACACAACAGUCGUGAGUACAAUGAAAACACAAACACAAAGUUUUUGGGUGAUUAAUCCCUCAAAUUUCCUGUUAUAUAAAGAGAAAACUGAACAUAAACACCAAAAUCAUCCAUGUGUACCCGGUAGAUCAUUCAUUCUGGUGCCACAUGCCAACAUUUUAGCUCAGUAGUUCCAAAGUGGGGUUCAGGGGCCACCAGGUGUCCUUGAGAAUGUGGCAGGGGGUCCCCACUACAAAAGCAGGACUUUAAUAAUUUCAUUUUUAUAACACUUCCCAAGUUCAAGCAACAUGGGAACGUGAAAGUGUGACUGCUAAAGUGAUCCUAGUCUGACUUUGUCUAUUCUGAAAUAGGGGUCUGUGGCCUCUUGUGAAUCUAUUUUCGUUUGUCCGUGGUGUGGAAAAGUUUUAGCAUCCCGGCUUUAGUAGGAAGCGUUAUUCAGAGUAAGAAGGUUGAUGUUUUUGUCCUAGAAAUGUUACUGUUUUCUGUAGAUGCUUUAGAAAUAUGCGUGUAUGUUGUCACUCAAUAUAGGUGUUGUGGUCAGGUUUAUUUUCAAGUGAGCAACCACCUUUUUGUCCGCUGUGCACUGAUUUUCAGCUGUGCCCAAAACAUUGCACUUAUGUGGAAAAAGUAAACGCCUGCUAGUUGAAAUUAGUGUGUUUUGUGCGUAUAACAAUGGGCAAAUUUUUACAAGUGACCUAGAUAAAAAAAAAAAAAAAAAACGCUAGACAUGUAAUCGUGAAGUACUUUCCGUUCAGCUUUAGACCUGAAGCGAGUUCUUCUGGUCACCUGCUGUCUCUGAGGGGAGCGAGGGCUAAAGUGUUAUCAUGGAGCACCACAGCGACCGAUCCACCGGGACACGAGAAUAACAUGAAAAAACUUGAAUGUACUAGAGAGACCACAGCAACACUGGCAACUCGUUCAAUUUUAGAGGGAAGAUUCCAAAACAUGCUUAUAAUUUUAUUUUAUUAUUAUUUUUUUUUAAAUCUUGUAAGUAACUAACAUGUUUUGUCGGUGAGCUUCACUCUUGCUUGACAGAUUUUUGGACCUAACGACUGACCUGAGCAAAAUGUAACUGCUUCUACUUGAGUAAAACCUCCGCCUCUGUGGACACA